UAGUACGUUGUUGAAACUUGAAACUCGACCUCAUCACCACUCUUUUAAUCCAUCUAAUCUGCUUCUACGUACUCUAGCCGAGGAUAAUUCAAGAAGAAAUGGCUAAAUGCGAGAGAAGGGUUUUGUUGCUUUGCGGGGAUUACAUGGAGGACUACGAGGCUAUGGUCCCUUUUCAAGCUUUACAGGCUUACGGAGUCGCCGUCGACGCUGUCUGCCCCGCCAAGAAAGCCGGCGAUGUUUGUCGCACUGCCAUCCAUGGCCUUUGUGGUCACCAGACUUAUUAUGAAUCUAAAGGUCACAAUUUUGCACUCAAUGCAACUUUUGAUGACAUUGAAUUUAGUAAGUAUGAUGGGUUGGUGAUACCUGGAGGACGAGCUCCAGAAUAUCUUGCCAUGAAUGCAUCAGUUACUGACUUGGUGAACAAAUUUUCUGCUUCAAAAAAGCCAAUUGGUUCUAUUUGCCAUGGACAACUGAUCUUAGCAGCUGCUGGCUUAGCUAAAGGUCUGAAGUGCACAGCUUACCCUGCAGUGGGACCUGCUCUUGUUGCUGCAGGUGCUCAUUGGGUAGAGCCGGAGUCCAUCAAGUCAUGCGUCAUUGAUGGUCACCAGAUCACUGGGGUCACGUAUGAAAGCCAUCCAGAGUUCAUUAGACUUUUUGUGCAGGCUCUAGGAGGCAAUAUAACUGGUUCAGAUAAAAGGAUUUUAUUCCUCUGCGGGGAUUACAUGGAAGAUUACGAGAUUAAAGUUCCUUUCCAGUCUCUUGAAGCUCUAGGGUGCCAUGUUGAUGCAGUUUGCCCCAAAAAGAAGGCUGGUGAUACCUGUCCAACUGCUGUGCAUGAUUUUGAAGGUGAUCAAACAUACAGUGAAAAGCCAGGCCAUGAUUUCGUGUUGACUGCUAAUUUCGAAGGUUUAGACGCAUCAAGUUAUGAUGCUCUUGUCAUCCCCGGAGGACGAGCUCCAGAGUAUCUAGCACUGGAUAAGGAAGUCAUUGCCAUAGUGAAGCACUUUAUGGAAGCCAAUAAGCCCGUUGCAUCCAUCUGCCAUGGCCAACAGAUUUUAUCUGCUGCUGGUGUCCUGCAGGGGAGGAAAUGUACUGCAUACCCAGCUGUAAAACUUAAUGUGGUUUUAGCAGGAGCAACUUGGUUGGAACCUGAUCCGAUCGACCGUUGCUUCACAGAUGGAAAUUUGGUGACUGGAGCAGCUUGGCCAGGGCACCCUGAGUUCGUUGCUCAGUUGAUGGCAUUGCUUGGCAUUAAAGUAACAUUUUAAUUCUCAUUUGGCAUUGAAGCCAUCUUCAUCUAUACAGAAUAGUAAUGUAUUGAGGUUGAGGUUAUUGUCUGUAUGAAUAAAUGACUGUGGCCUUGUUUUGUAUGCCAAGAAUAAAUGAUACUCACGCCUUGUUUUGUA